ACGAGGGCACCGAUUCCCUUUGGGCAAUUUUGCCUCGGAGCUUACCGCCUUACUCUCCUUUGUACGAAUGCCUCGAUUCACAUUAACACGAAACAAGUGAAGACCUAUUAUUUGGACAACCAUAGGGAAUGGUUUCGGGAUAUCACUAGCUGGGUCUACCUAGUGGAUAAGCGGAAGAUUUGUAACGUCAGUUUGUGGCCCAAGGCGAGCAAAUCAUCGCGGUGCAAUAUCGCAGGGUACGAUUUCGGUUUUUCUCAAGCAAAAGCGUUGACAGUGCAACGCUUGCUAAAGAGGCGAGAUAGGAAAGACAUGAGACAGGUCGCGCUGGAUGAUGAUUUGUCACUCAAAGGUGACCGUGAGAAGCAUUUGGCGGGGUCUGAGAAAAUAAUCUUUUCGAAUGUUGGUGAUUUAGAAUAG